GGUCAAAUGCCGGUUACCAUCCGACGUGGGUGCUGUUAUGGAUGCUGAAUCACUUCCCCUACCUCACUCUCUUUCCUCCUCACCUAUUUCGUAGCAUAUAAACCGGCUCUGCACUCCCAAAUCGCCACCCCUUUACCCGAUAAUUGCCAGAACCCUAAUUUAGGAAAAUGUCCAGCGUCUCAAGCAACAACAGCCAUGGCAUGCAAUUCGCGAGGUGUAGAUGCGGAGAAAAGGCCGUUCUGAAGACAGCUUGGACUGAAUCAAAUCCUGGAAGGAGAUUUCUGGGCUGUUCAAAUUAUGGGAGGCAUAACUUUUGUAAGUAUAUGGAGUGGAUAGAUCCAGAAGUUCAUCCACGUUAUCGUGAGGUCAUCAAUGGUUUGCUCCGGAAGAUUGACAAUUUAGAUACGAAGGAGGCUGACAAGAAGACUGUGAAAGGAUCUACAAAUAAGGGGUUUUGGGUACUUGCUGUGGCAUUUGUAUUUUUUUUUAUUUCUUUCUGGUGCAACACCAGUUGUUGUAAAGGGCAUUAGAAUAUGUUGGUGGGUGUUGGGAUGUGUUGUACUUUGCUUGGAAGAAUUCUGAUGUUUUCUUAAUCCUUGUACUUGUGUAACUUAUGUGCUGGAGUAUUUAUGUACUACUAUCUUGUACUUUAAUGACAUAUUUGCAGUGUUGUUGAUCCAAGUCAACUGUCAAUCCUU